UCGUCAUCAGCAACCACUGUCACUUGUACGCUUCUUUUAAUUCUUCAAUUAUUCUUCUACGACUUUCGCAUUCCUUCAGCGCUCUCUCUCUCUCUCUCUCUAGAGCUUUCUGACUCCGACGAUCAAACCGGAGUACUGAUCAGAUGAUCGCGAUUUUCGAUUGGAGUGGAGUGUCCUGACCUUUUGUAGUUCAAUGGAUCACUUUUCUGGUGAAGUUAUAUGUAGUAUAUAGCUAGAUUACAAAGAUCCUUGCAAGAUGGGUGGAGCUUGUUCUAGGAAGCGAGACCAACAGGUUGACGAAGACAGUGAAAAUAGAGGAGUUUCUGGAAGAUAUUGCAAGAGCGGAAGUUUUAAGUGGUUGGGAAACUCAUUAUCUCGGUCUUUUAAAGAUAAUGAGCUUGGAAAAGUGCGAUGCCCAUCUCUGAUGGAGUUGUGCAUUUACAAGAUACGAGAGGAUAUCAAAAAAUAUAGCACCUUCUCCAUGCUGCCAAGGGAUAUUAGUCAGCAGGUCUUCAAUGAAUUGGUGCACUCACAAAUUCUAACUGCGGUUUAUCUUGAAGCUUUUAGAGAUUGUGCUCUCCAGGAUCUUGAUUUGGGAGAAUACCCAGGAUUGAAGGACAGUUGGAUGGAUGUCAUAUCUUCACAGGGGUCUUCUUUACUUUCUGUUGAUCUUUCUGGUUCUGAAGUUACAGACUUGGGGUUGAUUCCUCUCAAAAGCUGCACAAAUCUUCAGGCCCUGAAUUUCAAUUACUGUGAUCUGAUUUCAGACAAUGGUCUAGCUCACAUCAGUGGUCUCUCAAACAUAACAACUUUGAGUUUCAGAAGAAACAAUCAAAUUACUGCUCAAGGACUGAGUGUCUUGGCUGGCUUAAUUAACUUGUUGAAGUUGGAUUUUGAGAGAUGUCCUGGCAUCUGUGGUGGACUUGUUCACCUCAAAGGGCUAACGAAGCUUCAGUCUCUUAAUGUGAAAUGUUGCAAUUGCAUAACAGAUGCCGAUAUGAAGCAUCUCUCAGGUCUUACCAACUUGAAAGAGUUGCAUAUUUCUUGCACUAAGGUCUCAGAUCGUGGUGUCACUUAUCUAAGAGGUUUGAACAAACUUUCUCUAUUGAACAUGGAAGGUUGCCCUGUUACUUCAGCAUGCUUGGAGACACUUGCAGCUCUUCCUGUCCUCUUAUAUUUGAACCUAAGCAGAUGUAAUUUAACUGACGAUGGUUGUGAAAAGUUUUCAGCGCUACGGAAUCUGAAAGUGCUAAACAUCGGAUUCAAUGAUAAUAUCUCUGGUGCUUGUUUGGUACACCUGAGAGGUUUAACGAACGUGGAGAGCUUAAACCUGGAUUCAUGCAGGAUUGAUGAUGAAGGCCUGGUUAACUUGGCAGGCCUUCGACUUUUGCGAUGUUUGGAGUUGUCUGAUACUGAAGUUGGAAACAAUGGCCUCCGCCAUCUCUCUGGUUUGACUAAUCUGGAGAGUUUAAAUCUGUCCUUUACUGUUGUCACUGAUGGUGGUUUAAAAAAGUUGUCUGGAUUGUCAUCGCUCAAGUCGCUAAAUUUGGACUCCCGCAGUGUUACAGAUGUUGGGCUUGCCUCUCUCACGAGCUUGACUGGAUUGACUCAUUUAGAUCUUUUUGGAGCACGUAUAACAGAUUCUGGAACAAACUAUCUGCGGAACUUUAAGAACCUUAAGUCCUUGGAAAUAUGUGGAGGAGGGUUAACUGAUGCUGGCGUGAAGAACAUCAAAGAUCUGUCAUCAUUGACGGUGCUAAAUCUCUCACAAAACAGCAACCUCACCGAUAAAUGUUUGGAAAUGAUUUCUGGGAUGACACAAUUGGUUUCUUUGAACGCUUCAAACUCUCGCAUAACUGGUGCGGGGUUGCAGUACCUCAGGCCACUAAAGAAUCUGAAAUCGCUUACGUUGGACUCAUGCAAGGUGACUGCAAAUGAAAUUAAGAAUCUUCAGUCAAUUCACCUCCCAAAUCUGGUAAGCUUUCGCCCCGAAUAAUUCUUCAGAGGAAAGACCCUGUAAAUAGCUAGUCGGGAAUGGAGGGCUGCUGCUUUGUUUAUAUAAGGUCAAUAAUAGAGCAAGAAUCCAUUUCAUGAAUUUGUACAUAAGGGUUGACUUGAGCGUGGCUUUAAUUUAUGGUUCUGACGGGAGGCUAGGAAAGUUUCUUCAUGUGCUGCAUGUGAAGGCUUUCUUUUUGUAUCCGAUGCCGAGUACAAAAGGAAAAUGUAGAUAAAGCUUCCUUGGCAUGGUCUAAAAAUGCACUUCCUUAGGAGCUGUGGUAAAUAAUUGCUAUUGGGAUGUAACUGUACAUAUUGUUGGAAUAGAACUUGGAUGAUUUCUGGACAA